AUGUUUCGGAAGGCCAAGUCCACCGAAAAGAGCCAUGCCGAGCCGCAUCCGGGAGACAGCUCGGCCGAUAAUCUUGACGAUGAGGUAGCAAACCCGCGCUUCAGCACAUAUGGUUCGCCUCAUGAUUCUAGUGGCGCCAGCCUUAUUGACCCCGACUCUGGAGUCAAAAGAGGUCUUAAAAACAGGCACUUGUCAAUGAUGGCCCUGGCUGGCAUCAUUGGCCCAGGUUUGUUGGUGGGCGCGGGUGGCGCUCUGAACAACGGUGGCCCAGCGUCUUUAAUUAUUGGCUUUGGGGUUAUUGGCGUCAUUGCCUUUGCAAUCAUGCAAUCCCUCGGAGAGGUGACAACGCUGUUUCCAGGAGGAGGCUCAUUUGUUUCGCUGGCCGAGCGCAUGGUUGACAAGUCUUUCUCCGUUGCUGUGGGGUGGAAUUACUUCAUCAUCUGGGCUGCCGUGCUGGCCAACGAAUACAACGUCAUUUGCAGCAUCCUCACAUACUGGGCUCCGCAAGUCCCGUUGUGGGGUUUCUUCCUCAUUCUUUGGUUCCUUUUCACUGCCUUUCAGCUUUUGGGCGUGGAAGCUUUUGGCGAAGCCGAAUUCUGGUUGGCGCUGUUUAAGAUCUUGGGCCUGACUGCGUACUUCAUCUUCUCUAUCGUGUACGCCGCGGGCGGUUUGGUUGGUCAAACGGAUUCACUGGGAUUUAGAUAUUGGCACGACCCUGGAGCCUUCAAUGGAAACGGAUUUCGAGGCGUAGCGGUCGUCUUUGUCUUCUGCUCUACGUUCUAUGCUGGUAUAGAAUCCGUUGCUGUUGCCGCAACGGAAACAAGAAACCCUGGUGUGGCUGUCCCACAAGCGAUCCGUCAGGUGUUUUGGAGAAUCAUCUUCGUUUACUUGGGAUCAGCACUAUUCUUUGGCAUAACUUGUCCCGCCAAUGCAGAUGGCCUUGUCAACGGCGGCGCCAAGGCACUGCAGAGUCCCAUGACAAUCGCAAUUCAAACUGCGGGAUGGAAUGGAGGCGUCCACCUUAUCAACGCUUUCAUCCUAAUCACCUGUUUGUCAGCCAUCAACUCGUCAAUUUAUAUCGGAUCGCGCACCAUUUUAUACAUGGCUCAGUCUGGUAAGGCACCGAGGUUUAUUGGUUGGACCAGUAAAAAGGGAGUGCCUGUCUGGGCAGUUGUGCUCACUAAUGCUGUUGGCUCUAUAUCCAUGAUGAACGUUUCUACUGGCGCGUCCAAGGCGUAUGGAUACAUUGUUAACCUUUCAGGUGUCAGCACCUUUCUGGUAUGGGGUAGUAUCAGCUUUAUUCAUAUUCGCUUUCGGCGGGCUUGGACUUCUCAGAAUCGAAGCUUGGACGAAAUUUCUUUCAAAAGCAUGUUUUACCCAUUCGUCGCAUAUUUUGGCUUGGUUGCCAACGUAUUCCUCGCCCUUGUUCAAGGAUGGACGACACUGUCACCCUUCAAUGCUGGCAAUUUUGUCGACGCAUACAUUCUUUUGCCACUGUUUGGGUUAAUAUAUCUUGUGGGGAAGCUGUACUGGGGAAAUAACGACAAAUUUAAGCGUAGUUGGGAAAUUGAUCUCGACAGUGGCAGAAGAAUAGAUUUGGAUGGUAAAGGGAUUAUGACUGCAGAUGAAGAGAAGCAUGAACGUGUAGUACGUGUUGUGGCUUCCAUGCCUACGUGA